AUGCGCAAACCGAGUGCAUUUUUGUUUUUAAUAUUUUUCCAUGGAGUCGCGUGCCAGCCCGACAUCGCCACGAUACUAAGGGCGGGAUUGGAUCUCGUAUCGGCGGCCUCGAAUCCCGUCGAUUUCGCCCUGGAGACUUUCAAUUUCGUGCAAGUAUUGCUCGGCAACGGCGAGCAGGAGGACUCGGGCCAGAUCUCGGAAAAGCUCGACGCGAUCAGCGACCAGCUGAACCAAAUUUCCGAAGAGAUAUCCGACUUCAAGGACGAGCUUUACGAAAAAUUGGAUCUGAUCGUGAAAAACGUAGAGCUGAAGACCAAGUUGGACUCGGUUUUCGACAUCAUGAACCAGAUCAAUUCCUACUUUCUCACGUCGAUCGAGAUUCAAAAGCCCAAGCGCGUUUUGAACAGUACCCUGGACGACUUUUUGAGGAUCGCCACGACCAUGAGCCCGCACGGCUUGAAGUACCUCUUGAGCGAGUUGCACGUGCUGCUGGGCCAAGGCAAGUGGUCCGACAGCAUCAUGAAGAUCCUCACCGACCCGCAAUUAGAAGCAGGAUUCGUUUGCGAGAGAAGGCAAUCGCACAAUCAGAUCAUAUACAAUUUGUACAAGAUGAUUUACAUGUCCGAGUUCAAGGGAAUCACGACGAUGUUAUUCGCGUAUUACCACUUGUCCAAGAAGGAGCGCAGAAAAGGCGAGAUACCCGAGCUGGUGAUUCUCAGAAAAGAGUACAACAGGAGAAGCACGAGUACAUUGAUGGCUACGAAGAAAGCGAUGAGCCGCGUGUCGCGAGAUUAUUGGCGAUGCGAGCCCGGUGAACAAAUCGAGGCCAAAACGUACGUACCGUUCAGCCCGUUCCUGCAAAAGUUCGUGAUGUUCGAGCAGGCGGCCGAGUACGGCUCGUGCCAAGGUGGCUGCGACAGGUACGAUCACAUCCAAAUGGCCAUUGGCUGCUCCAUUGGCUACGAUCCUUCGUGCGGACUGCAUUCUUUGAAAAAAUGUACUGGAUUCGUCAGAAAUUGCGAAACAUUUCACGAUUACUUGACCAUUUGCAACGCGAAGUCCAGUGACGGCCAGUACAGAUACAAGUCCAUUAAAGAUUCGAACGGCGAGGUGUAUGGUCUCGAUGACAAUUGCGACGGCGAUUCGACGACUUGGGCCGAAUCAAGGAGAAGCUCGAACCUCCUUUACCAGUGUGAAAAUUGCUUGUGCACCUGCGAGGACCUCAGAGUAGAGCUAAAUAAUUACAUCGACUUGCAAGGAUCCACUUCGGAUAUAACGCAGAAUAAAGUCGUAACGGGCGUGGCAUUUCGUAUGCUGAGCGGCGUCCUGCACAUCGCCAUACAGCAGGGCAAACUGCGCGAGAACGGCACGAUCGAGAGGAGCGAGGUGAAAUGGAAAAGAGUCAACGAUUAUAUAGCCGAGGGUCGAAGCGUCAAGCAGGGCGAAGAUUAUGUCCAGCUCAACUGGGAUCGGCGGACUUUCGCUUUGAACGAACCGAUCGACGUGCCUGACUCGCACGCGGUCACCGGCGUGAGAUUUCAGCUCGACCGAGGCAUGCUGCGUUUGGCAGUCAGACUGACGGAAUUCGAGUUCGAGACUGGCAAUCUCCUGACAAGUACUUCCUUCUGGAUCAAAGGAUUUCAAUCCAAGAAAGAAAUGGAAGAAAUCGUUCUGAAAAAUCCCGGAAUACCGACGAAUUAUCAGCCUCACCUGCCCUACACCGAUCAGAAUCAGUUCAUCGUGCUGAGGCCCAGUGGCAUGAAAAAGGACGUGGGUCAAAGCGUCGUGCCAUUCGUCGAUACUUUACCGGUCACGCCUCACUUUCCGGUGCCUCUGGAAAAAGUCUCGCUGUAUUACAAAGGAAUGGCGGGCUCCGGUGGAUAUUUAUCGUUGAAACUCACCACUUUUGCCUACGAAACCAUGAUGUAAAUUUUUUUCGCCCUCGGAGAUUCGACUUUUCGACGCAUCUAUUGUGUGUGUUCGGUGCGGUAGAAUAUAACUUCUUACAAAAAAAACUUAUUUCUAUUGAAAUUCUGGAAAUAUAUUCGUCAACUUCUUUUUUGCGCAAGUAGAUGAAAAAUCGACGAAUUUCAUCUACGUUCAAAGUUUUUUACAUUUUCAAAGAAAUACAUAAUGUUGCUUGAUGAACUGGUGGAUAUAAAAUAAAUAUUAACAUACAAAUUUAUAAGCCCAAAAUAAAGGUAUGCUUUGUGUCAAAGUUACAGCGUUGAGCUCACGUGUGGAUUUUGUGCCAUAUGUUGGCGUGAAAAUGUUGAGCUCGAGCAGCAGCAACGGCAGAAAAUGCCGCCUUGAAAAGCCAAGGCAAUAGAGUAUGUAAAAGAAUGUACAAUUCCCCGCGGAGUGGCUUGACGUUUCAUCUUGGCUUUCCCUCGCAGUAAAAUCUCUUGAACUGUUUUUGUCGGCUGGUGUGUCGUGUAUAUAGUGGAAAAUAACAACGACGGUGUCGGCGACGACGACGACUCGGCGUAGCAGCUGGCAAAUGCUCCUGUGCAUAAUACAGCAGUCCUCCUGAAUUCUGCAGGAAUGGCAGUCCCUGAAAAGCCAGGGGGAUAAAGUAAUAGACUUUUCCAAUCGGAAUAAUAGCUUAGUGUAACCGGA